AUGCAAUUACUUUCCAAUCAAUCUUUUACAUUCAUCUUUUUAAUGCAAAAUUAACCGUGUAAUAAAACAAAUUCCUAUUAAUAUUUUCUUUGAUAAAUUACAUUUUUAUCGCAAAAUAUGGAGAUCGGCAUCCAACUUGUAAAUGAACUUGAAGUUCGCAUCUCAGAAGCGUUCUGCAUUUUCGAUCAUCAUGGUGAUAAAUUCAUUGACACUCGAAAUAUUGGCAACGUGCUACGAUUUUUAGGCUGUGUACCAUCAGAAAAUGAGAUAAACGAAAUUAUUGCAGCAACUGAAUCACCGGAAAAUCCUGGUGAAACGCAUUUGCCAAAAUUUAUGGCGCAUGUUUCUACAUUGCUUAUGAAUCGAAAAAUGGAACCCGCAACCCCGGAAAAACUUCUAUCAGCUUUUGAAAUAUUGGAUCCUGAAAAUAAACGAUUUCUUACAAAGGAAUACUUUGGAAAGUUAAUGGAGGAAGAAGCCGAAAAAUUUUCAAAAGCUGAAUUGGAGAAUAUGUGGCCAGUGGCAAUAGAUCCGAUCACAGGGAAUAUACCAUAUUUAUUCUACAUAAAUCAAUUAAGGCACAAAACCACAAUUUAUGAUGUCGCCGACGCGAUCAGGGAGGAGCUUGCUGCCAACGAGAAAGAAAAGAAAAAGGAACGCUCGCCAAUGCCCCAAAUGCUUGGUCUCUAGAAUAUGCAAAUACCAUGCAGAUUUAACUGUAACUAACUGCUGCUGCAUGGAUACAAAUUAUGUGUUUCAAA